UAUGUCACACAGGUUUUCUCUCUCCCUAUUGGCUGUUCUGCACAUUUAAAAUGGUUUAAAUCAAAGUGUUGGCAUAGAAUGGAUAUUAUAUAUUGAUGGCAGCGCUUACUGGACAGAUCUUCAGAGAAUAGAGGAGAAGGAAUCUGGAAAUUGUACGAGAUACCUCAAGAGAGCGAUGGAGAAACUGGCAUUGGUUCUGUGCAUGUUUGGAACUGUUCUUACCUUUCCAAUGUACCCUCAGUCACCGGGAACACACGGAAUGGCCAGUGUAAGCCUAGAGACACUGCAACAGCAGCAGGCUGCCAACAAGCUUACAGCUUUGCCUCAGUUUUCAAGAUUUGGCUAUAAUGACCCUUACUCAACUCUGUGGCUACAUGGUCUACUACCGACACAUACAACAUUUCCUUGGCUACAUCAAAGAUCACAAGUGCCAGACAACCAACAGUUUGAAUAUGCUGUGCCCAUACACCCGCCACCUUUACCUGGAGUAGCUGACCCUGCUAAACCAGUCCAGGAUACACAGGCUGGAACCCAGAAACAACCAACUGCUGAACAAUUCAUCCAAUCACUCUUACCUCUGGGAUUCCCAAAUCAAGCAGACCCCACUCUGACUCCACCAAAGGGCGGUCCAGCUGACGGUCAAAUCCAAACGGUAGCAUUGUUUAUGUACCAAACAAUAAUGAAUAAAUUACUGCAACAAGGAGCAGCAGAUCCUGUUCCAGACCCAGCAGCUGUACCACCCACGCACCAACAGCAUCCAUAUCCUGGGCUUUUCUUUAUGAAUUAUGGUGGAGGACCUGGAGGAGCACCAGCCAGGCUUGGAGCCAUGAGUUCAGAGGAACUGCAGGGUGGACGGGCUGGGGCUGCACAUGCCUUGAAUUCACUGUACACAGGUCUGCUAGGAGGAGUAGGUCCUGGAUUUGGAAGAUUACCACAGAACCCUGCCCUUGUAGGAGACUUUACUAUAGAAGAUGACUCUCCUGGGGCAGGAGUAAAUCCAGCAGGUCAAGGAGCAGCAAAGAACCCACCUGAAAAUCCUUCAAUUGUAGGGUCAAACCCUUCUAUACCUGGGUUAGAAGGGAUACCACCAGGUCAAGGAGAUGCCAUGUUAUUCCCUAGUAUGAAUCAGCCUAACAUUGCAGUUAAUCCCUUAGGACAAAGCAAGCUCCCAACACCGGUUACUCCAGCCUAUACUCCUAGAGUUACACUUGAUGCAGCUCCAGGAUUUGCUCCAUAUGGUAUAGAUGAAACCUUAGGUUUCGGAUUUCAAAGAGAAAUCCCUACCAACGUAGACAUAACUCACACAAACAAUGGUAUAGAUUCUCCUGCAAUGCACAGUGACAUCCAUCUACAGCAUCAUUAUUUCCAGGAGCCGUAACUUAACAAAAAAGACAUUUGAAAGGAACACUCCACCUAAAACCGAUUCAACUUCUAAUGUCGAGUUCAGGGCCUGAGGGGUGGUGCUUGACUCAAGGAUGCAAAAAAAUAACAAAAAGAGUCCCUGUGUCAUACACCUCAGACACUGAGCCUCGGUUUUAUCUGGAGUGUCCUUUUAAAGGGGUUCUCCACCCUUUGGAUAGGGGAUAAGAUGACUAUGGGCGGAGUACCCCUUUAACAAUUUCCAUUGUUUUAUACUUUAUACUAUCCAUUGCUUUAUACCAUUAAUAUAUGCAGUAACUCAAAUUAGUAUAAUAUUAGUGUUAAUGUAAACACCUGUUGAUAAAAUAUUCUACAAACCACCAGAAAAAUUUCAGAAACUAGGGUACGUGACACAAAAUGUCUCAAAUUCAUUUACAAAUAUUUGAAUUUACCUAAAGCUGUGUUCUCACUGAGGCUUAUUUUGGAGGUGUAGUUUGGGAAUAUUUCCAGAUCUAUAUAUUAGACAGGAGCAUUCAAUAAAUUUCAUUAUAGGAGGAAUACAAUGAUUUAUUUGGUCCUCAGAUUCAGUAAUAAAUAUUUCUACCAUGCAGUACACAUUUUUUAGGAUGCUUCUUUUCUGAACAGUGUAGUCGACUAUUUCAUUCAGUUGUGAUAAAAGUAAGAAUGAUCAUACCUUGGGUUACUUGAACUGUAUGGAUAUGUUUGCCAUAUGUGCCAGGACAGAUUUUCUAGUGCCUAGGUCAAAUAUAGAUAUACAAAUGUCAUGUUAAACAAUUAUUACACCAUCAAGAAUAAUAGUGCUGGCAUUGCUCCUUUUAGGCAUCAGGUACAAUCUUGUAUAAGUUCGGACAUGAUCCAUUCUUUGUGAGAAUCGGCAGUGGAGUUGCACAAUUUAUAACUAAAGAAAGAUGCAAGUGUAGUUCAUAUAAGAGACCAAAUAAAUCUGCAGCUCUUACUGAGAUAAACAGCGCUCCCAAUGACCAUUUUUGUUUGCGCUGCAAAGAAUAAAAGGCUGAAGUAGACUGGUGAAUACCGCAGAUUGAUGUGCCCUUUUGUAUGGACAAUUUUUACCUUCAGUGGGGCAAAAAAUUAUUUAGUCAGCCACCAAUUGUGCAAGUUUUCCCACUUUAAAAG